ACCGCAAAUACGACUGUCACAUUUGACACGAUACUAUUUUGAUUACAUGUGUUUUAAACAAUAGUUUUUCUUCUUGAAAAUUUCUCACAUUUUGUAAAUUUGCCGGUAAUUUCAGUUAAAAAAAAUGCGAACCAGAAGUAGAACAGCGUCUCAAAGUGUAGCGGCCGAUGAAAAUGCCGACGUACAAGUUGUGAAUAAGAAAAAAACACCGCAGAAACAAAACAACGAUGCAUUAGUCGCUAGCAUUAUUAGUUCAAUCCAAGAAGAGAAUUCAACUAAGGAAACCGAAGUAAAAAACAAUGAAAAUUCCCAUACGAAGACAAAUGGUAGCAAACCGCCGGUUCAGAAAGUCAAUGCACCAAAAAUGAUUCGAGGCCAACCAAAGUCAGGACGACCAUGGAAGGACGUUAAACAAAGAUUUUCCACAAUCAAAAAGUCAAUGUAUCGACGACCGUUUGAGAAGAAGCAACAAUUACGCGAAGAAUUGAAACACAUUAAAGAAUUGUCAAAAUCAAUCAAGCAAGACAAGAAACUUGAGAAAAUCGAAAAGAAGGAGCGUCGAGAGGAAAAUGCAAAGCGGCGCCUGGAAAAUGAACGGAAAAAUGAAAUCGUCCAAAUCAUCAAAAAUCCAGCCAAAUUGAAGCGAAUGAAGAAGAAACAAUUGCGAAAAAUAGAAAAGAGAGAUUUAACCGCUAGCAACGGUCCGAAAGUCGUUUAAAAUUAGACAUAUAUUAAUUGUGUUUCUAUUACGCACGGUAUCGCAAUUACCAAAUAAAAUUUUAAGACACAUUCUUGAAAAA